UUUUUAAUUUUGGGGGAAACCAAAAAAAAAAUGCCCUAAAUGGUUAUAGAAAAGCUUAGGAAUGAGAUUAUUGGUGAUGAUGAAAUGAUUGGAGAUCUGAUGAAGAACAACAAUGGCGACGUCGUGGAUAACAGCAAUAACAGGUUAAGCCGGUGGCAUCACAACUCUUCAAGGAUCAUAAGGGUUUCGAGAGCUUCCGGUGGCAAAGAUCGACACAGCAAAGUCUGGACUUCCAAAGGCCCACGUGACCGGCGCGUCCGGUUAUCAGUCUCCACCGCUCUUCAGUUCUACGAUCUUCAAGACCGGUUAGGCUACGAUCAGCCCAGCAAAGCCGUCGAAUGGCUCAUCAAAGCUGCGGAGGAUUCCAUCUCCGAGCUCCCUUCGCUCAACAACACAAAUUUUCCGAUGAACGAUGACGACAACCAGAUUCCGACACUAACUGGUGCGGCUAACUCGUUGUCUAAAUCGGCUUGUAGUAGCAAUUCGGACACGAGCAAGAACUCUUCUGGUUUGUCUCUUUCGAGGUCGGAGCUGAGGGAUAAGGCUAGAGAACGAGCUAGAGAGAGAACAGCUAAAGAGACCAAGGAGAGAGACGGUAAUAACAACCACCAUACGACUUCGUUUACCGAUCUGUUAAAUUCCGGUUCGGAUCCGGUUAACACUAACCGGCAAUGGAUGGCUCCUUCUUCAUCGCCUGCUCCUAUGGAGUAUUUCAGCUCCGGUUUGAUUCUCGGGUCGGGUCAGACCCACUUCCCGAUCCAAACAAACUCUCACCCCUUCUCCGAUCAUCAUCAUCAUCCUCAUCAAGAGUUUUCCUUCGUUCCCGACCAUCUGAUAUCUCCGGCAGGAUCCAACGGCGGUGGAGCUUUCAAUCUCGACUUCAACAUGUCGACAACCUCCGUGGCGUCCACCGGGUUCAGUGGUUUCAACAGGGGGACCCUUCAGUCCAAUGCAACAAAUCAUCAUCAGUCUUUUCUUGCCAAUCUACAGAGGUUUCCAUCAUCAGAAGGUGGUGGUGGAGGUCCACAGUUCUUGUUCGGUACCGGUGGACUGCCUGCAGAGAAUCAACACCCGCACCACAACAACAACAACAAUCACCAGUUUCAGCUUUACUAUGAGAAUGGAUGCAGAAACUCAGACCAAAAGGGUAAAGCCAAGAACUGAUGAUACUCUAUUACCAUUUGCAUCUGUUGUUUUAUGUUUCUUUGAUUUGUGUUUGCUUCAUUCAUCACCCAAGUGUCUAUCUUCUGAUUAUCACCCUUAAUGUGUGUUAAAUCUGUUUAGAGGGGUUCCCUUUUUUGUUUAAUGUGUCCAAUUUGGAAAUCUUUUUUGAAUUGGGUUUGUAAUGUUGUAUUUGUGAUAAUAUCAAUUUGUUUGUGGUUUA